AUGAAGUUAUCAAUUGUGUUGUUGUUUAGUGCUGUUGUAGUAGCAGUAUCUUGUUAUGAUCUUGGUGAAAGAUACAAAAAUCUAGAUGUCACCAAAAUCUUAGAAAAUGAAAGAUUGGUUCAGGCCCAUUGUGACUGUCUUUUGAAAAAUACCAGGUGCAACAACGAUGGAGAAGCACUGAAAAAAUAUGUACCAGACGCUAUUUCAAACAAUUGCAACCAAUGCACAGAAAAACAACGAGCAUCUGCCAGUUUGGUCAUAAAACAUCUUAGGGAUAAUCAUUCAGAAAAAUGCUUUAAGCCACUUAUUAAAAAAUAUGAUCCCAACAAUGAACAUUCUGAAGAAUUAAAAGACUUACUUGCUUAG